CGUUACAUCUCAAUCAUUUUGUGGCAAAGGAAUACCAAAUUGGACGCAUGACACUUUGAUUCGUCAGUGGUCUUGCUUCUCUGCUCAGAAAAUAGGAUACACACCUUCGCUAAAUAUCGUACCAAUAGCUGUUGAUAAUCAGCAUCUUGGCAAUAGAUUGUAUCAGAAAAAUACUGAUUUUAUUUCUCAGAUAAAUUCAGUUCAGUAUUCUUGGACGGCUAGACAUUAUGUGGAGCAUGAAAAAUAUUCAUUGUUGGAUAUGUACCGCAGAUCUGGUGGUAAGAAGUCCGUUCUUAGAAAUCGCCCAAGAGCAGCUCCUACGACCAAAGCACUUAAAGAGUUAGUUAAUCAACUUCCCAAAGAGUUUGAUUGGCGUUCACCACCAGAUGGUCAAAGUGUGGUCAGUGAUGUUAGAAAUCAGUUAGAAUGUGGAUGUUGUUAUGCAUUUGCGUCUCUUUCUGCUUUGGAAUCAAGGAUUCGAAUUCUGUCUAACAAUACUGUGCAGCCUAUACUUUCUCCGCAGGAUAUCAUUGAUUGUAGUAACUAUUCUGAAGGCUGUGAUGGGGGGUCUACAUAUUUGACCGUAGGAAAGUAUUCUGAAGACUUUGGAAUGUCAGAGGAGGAGUGUAAUUGGUAUAACGGAAAACCAAUGGGUAAAUGCAUGACUCCUGCUGAUUGCAAGCGCUAUUACUCCACUGACUAUUAUUACGUGGGGGGUUAUUAUGGUGCUACCAAUGAAGAUUUAAUGCUGCUUGAAUUGGUCAACAAGGGCCCUUUUCCAGUUAGCUUUCAAGUUUAUCCAGAUUUCUUUACAUAUUUCUCUGGUAUUUACCAUCACACUGGCAUAAUGGUACAUUAUCCCAUGGUCUACAUUAAAGUUUGUCAUCUUCUACCCACUGAUAAACCUGAUUUGUUGUUUAUUGGCCCCUAUUGA